GCUCGUUGUCAAGCUCGACUUAGACCUCAACAGUUCAGGACACUGAAUGACAAGGAUCCGAUUGAGUUCGCCAAGUCAAAUAUACCAAGCGACACGUAUUUCUAGCACCUACGCUCGCGGUUACUCGAAAAUGACCUCCGCUUCUGCCGCUCAACCCAACACUCUUACGGCUCCGGAGCCGACCGUAGUCAACCGAUCCCACCAUGAAUUCGACAAGACAUUGUUCGACAGUCUGUUGAGCAGAAGAUUCUUCUUCGCUCCUGCGUUCGAAAUUUACGGAGGUGUCGCCGGACUCUACGAUUAUGGUCCACCUGGAUCAUCGCUUCAGUCCAACAUCCUGGAUGCCUGGAGGAAGCAUUUCAUCAUCGAAGAGGACAUGUCGGAGCUCGACACCACCAUCAUGACUUUGCACGACGUCCUCAAGACUUCCGGUCACGUUGACAAGUUCGCCGACUGGAUGGUCAAGGAUGCUAAAACCGGCGAGAUUUUCCGAACGGACCACCUGGUCGAGGCCGUGCUCGAGGCUCGAUUGAAGGGAGACCGGGAAGCCCGUGGACAGGCCGCUGUUCCCGAAGCUGCCGAUGACGACAAGAAGAAGAAAAAGAAGAAGGUCGUCAAGUCGACUGCUGUCAAGCUCGAGGACGCUACGGUGCAGGAAUAUGAGAGUCUUUUAGCCCAGAUUGACAACUUCACCGGACCACAACUCGGGGAGAUUAUCAAGAAGCAUGCCAUCGUCAACCCGGAGACUGGCAACGAGUUGACCGACCCUGUCGAGUUCAACUUGAUGUUCGAGUCCCAGAUCGGACCUACCGGACAGAUCAAGGGUUAUCUCCGGCCAGAGACCGCACAAGGACAUUUCGUCAACUUUGGUCGAUUGCUUGACUUCAACAACGGUCGAGUCCCUUUCGCCAGCGCCCAGAUCGGAAAAUCGUUCAGGAACGAGAUUUCUCCCAAGCAAGGGUUGCUGCGAGUCCGUGAAUUCACCAUGGCCGAGAUCGAGCACUAUGUCGACCCCAAGGACAAGAGGCACCCCCGAUAUGCCGAAGCUAAGGACAUCGUCCUGAACCUGCUGCCUAAAGAAGUCCAGGAGGGUGGAGAGACUACCUUGACUCAGAUGUCCAUCGGAGAUGCCGUCGACAAGGGUAUUGUCGACAACGAGACUUUGGGAUACUUCUUGGGUCGAAUUUACCUCUUCCUGACCAAGAUCGGUAUCGACCCCAAACGUUUGCGAUGCAGGCAGCACAUGUCCAACGAGAUGGCCCACUAUGCUUCUGACUGCUGGGACUUUGAGAUUCAGUCUUCGUACGGAUGGAUUGAAUGUGUCGGCUGUGCCGACCGAUCUGCCUAUGACUUGACUGUUCACGCCAACAAGACCAAGCAGAAGCUCGUUGUGAAGGAGACCUUGAGCGAACCCAACGUGUACGACAAGCUUGAGCCCGUUUUCGAGGCCAAGGCCUUCGGAAUGAAGUUCAAGAAGGAGGCUCGAAACAUCCAGGGUGCUAUUACUGCUCUGGACAACGACGCGAUGACCAAGUUCAAGAACGCACUCGACGCUCAAGGACAAGCCCCCGUUGACGUUGAAGGCACCGAAUAUAUCAUUACCUCUGAUCUGGUCAAGGUAGAGAAGAAGACCGUCACCGAAUACGUGAGGGAGUUCACGCCCAAUGUCAUCGAGCCCUCUUUCGGAAUCGGUCGUAUCCUGUAUUCUUUGCUCGAGCACAGCUACUGGGCACGUGAAUCCGACGUCAACCGUGGGGUCCUUUCGUUGCCUGCCAUGGUCGCGCCCAUCAAGUGUCUGAUUGUGCCGCUUUCAAACAACGAGUCCUUUAACCCGCUUCUGAGUGAAAUCACUUCGAAACUCCGACGAGCUGGCGUACCCUCCCGAGUGGACGCCUCUGGUGCCAGUAUCGGCAAGCGAUAUGCCCGGAACGAUGAGCUUGGAACUCCUUACGGUUUGACGAUCGAUUUCGCUUCCGUUUCGAAGAGGACAUUGACCGUCCGUGAGCGAGACACCACUGAUCAGCUUAUUGGAUCGGUCGAAGACGUCGUCGCAGUCGUAGCCGAUCUGUGUAACGACAGGCUGUCCUGGAAGCAAGCUUGUGAAAAACUCGAGCGAUACAGCGGUGUUCAAGAUACCGAGUAACCAUGUGGAAUCACGAAGCUCAGCCAUUAUGCAAUAUGUUCUAUCUGG